GAGGAGAAAGAGGAGGAGGAGAAGGAGAGGAGGGGGGGGACACAGACAGAAAAGAAACAAACAACUAACAAUGUAACUUACAUGCAGUCACACACCCCUUUUUUUUUCUUGUAACAAUGUGUACGUUUUUAAGGAGGGAGGGGGCGCGCAAAGGGAGAAAGAGAGACGGGGAGAGAUAGAGAAAGGAGGAGGGGGGUGCGUUCUGAAAUAAUAUAGUCAGCCAUUUUUUAUGUAAGGGGAUUUUUUCUUAUUGGGGGGGUUGUUAAAAAAUAAAUAUAAGAGGGCGGCCAUCUUUGUUGCUCUGCCUAGUGUAAAAUAUUUCAAAACGCCCCCCACUUUUUUCUGUGCCGAUUUGAAUAUUAAAUAAAUAUCACACAUUCGCGCAAGAAUCCGCUUUUUUUGAAUAACAAGGACGGGAUCCAAUGACGGGAAUAUAAUGUCCUCUCCUCUCCGGUCCUGUGAGGAAGACGAGGGCAUGGUGGUUAAUUCCGAGGGAGGAGAUUUUGAUGAAGAAGACGACGACGGAGACCUAGACGAGAACGCAAGCGACAUAAACUCGCCGGCGGCGCCUCGGGAAACUGCAACACCAGCCGCGCCAGACGAAGAGCCGGAGAUCUCAGACAGAGAGGUCCCGUGCAGGAAGAAAGGCCGACCGAAGAAGAAGAAGGACACCAAGAAGAAAGACAAAGAGGGGAAGCCUGUCAAACCAAGAAAACGCAAGAAGAUUGACAGCGAUGUAGACAGAGACUCGGACAGAGAGAGGGACUACGCCGAGAACUCGGACAGCGUAGCCAGCGACUAUGGAUCCGGAGAGAAGAAGAAAAAGAGGAAACAUAAAGAAAGGAAGGAGAAGAAAACCAAGAAGAAGAAAAAAGACGAUGGGGAUCGAGACAGCAGUCAGGAGGAAACAACGAAGCAACCCAUGGAGCAGAAGACCUCGGCCCAGCUGGCGAAGGAGUGGGGUCUGGAGGAUGUUGAUCAUACCUUCACUGAGGAGGACUACAGGGAACUCACUAACUAUAAAGCCUUCAGCCAGUUCAUGAGGCCGAUGAUAGCCAAGAAGAAUCCUAAGAUCCCCAUGUCGAAAAUGAUGACCAUCCUGGGGGCCAAGUGGAGGGAGUUCAGCUCUAACAACCCCUUCAAGGGCAACGCCGCUGCUGUGGCGGCGGCCGCUGCAGCCGCCGCGAUCGCUGUCGCCGAGCAGGUCUCCGCAGCGACUGCCUCGCCGGAGCCGCAGCUGCAGCCGCCGCCGAUCAGGAAGGCGAAGACGAAAGAGGGCAAAGGCCCUGGCUAUAAGAAGCGCAGUAAAAGUCCUCGAGUCCCAGACAAGAAGAAGGCUGCAGCAAAGGCUAAAAAGAUGGCACCCAUUCGCAUCAAACUGUCACCUAUAGGCGCCAAGAGGAAGAAGAGCUGCUCGAGCGAUGAUAUGGAUGAGGACGAGUCCGAGCAGGAGGACUCCAGCGUCCACAGCUCCUCGGUUCGUUCCGACAGCUCCGGCCGCGUCAAGAAGAACAAGCGAGGACGGCCGGCCAAGAAGAAGAAGAAAAAUCUGUUGUCUCCAGGCCCAGGUGAGGAGGAGGGCGACGGCUAUGAGACGGAUCAUCAGGACUACUGCGAGGUGUGCCAGCAGGGCGGAGAGAUCAUCCUGUGCGACACUUGUCCUCGAGCUUACCACCUCGUCUGCCUGGAGCCCGAGCUGGACAAAGCCCCCGAGGGCAAGUGGAGCUGCCCGCACUGCGAAAAAGAGGGAAUUCAGUGGGAAGCAAAGGACGAGGACUUUGAGGAUUUCGAGGAGGACAGCGAGGACAGAGUGAUAUCAGAGGUCAGCAUGGGGAUCCCCACCGGAGCCGAGGAGGAGGACGACGACCACAUGGAGUUCUGUCGGGUGUGCAAAGACGGAGGGGAGCUUUUGUGCUGCGACACCUGCACGUCUUCUUACCACAUCCACUGUCUAAACCCGCCGCUGCCGGAGAUCCCCAACGGCGAGUGGUUGUGCCCGCGAUGCACGUGUCCGCCAAUCAAAGGACGUGUCCAGAAGAUCCUCCACUGGCGGUGGGGUGAACCGCCACCUCCCAUCCCCGUUCCCCCGGCCCCUGACGCCCCACCUGAUGCCCCUCUACCGCCACCCAUGAAGGGCAGAGCCGAGAGGGAGUUCUUUGUCAAGUUGACUGGGCAGUCUUACUGGCACUGUACCUGGAUCACUGAGCUGCAGCUGGAGAUCUUUCACUCGGUGAUGUACAGAAACUACCAGAGGAAGACGGACAUGGACGAGCCUCCCAGCCUGGAUUACGGUUCAGGCGGGGAGGAUGAGAACAGUGUGGGAAAGAGCGAGAAGAGGAGGGCUAAGGACCCACAGUUCGCCAUCCUGGAAGACAAGUACUACAAAUACGGCAUCAAGCCCGAGUGGAUGAUGAUCCACCGCAUCAUCAACCACAGUGUGGAUAAGAAGGGGACGUACCACUACCUGGUCAAAUGGAGAGACCUGACCUAUGACCAGUGUACCUGGGAGAGAGAUGACCUGGAAAUCCCUGAAUUUGCAAUUUACAAAGGCAACUACUGGAGACACAGAGACUCAAUAAUGAAGGAGGAUCCAGACAAACCCAGGAGGAUGAGGAGCAAGAACCAGGAGGGUGAAGAGGAGUCUCCUGCCUCACCGGUCACUGAUCCAACAAUAAAAUACGAGGAACAGCCCGACUUUGUCACAUCGACGGGUGGGACGCUGCACCUGUAUCAGCUGGAGGGUCUGAACUGGCUUCGGUUUUCCUGGGCUCAGGGCACAGACACCAUCCUGGCAGAUGAGAUGGGCCUUGGCAAGACCAUCCAGACCAUCGUCUUCCUCUACUCACUCUUCAAAGAGGGUCACACUAAGGGUCCGUUCCUGGUCAGCGCUCCGCUGUCCACCAUCAUCAACUGGGAGAGGGAGUUUGAGAUGUGGGCGUCAGACUUCUACGUGGUGACGUACACGGGAGAUAAGGACAGUCGAGCCAUCAUCAGAGAGAACGAGUUCUCCUUUGACGACACGGCUGUCAAAGGAGGGAAGAAGGCUUUCAAACUGAGGAGAGAAGCUCCCAUCAAAUUCCACGUGUUGCUAACCUCCUACGAGUUGGUGACCAUCGAUCAGACGGCGCUCAAGUCCAUCGACUGGGCCUGUCUGGUGGUGGACGAGGCUCACCGCCUUAAGAACAACCAGUCCAAGUUUUUCAGGCGUCUCAACGACUAUAAGAUCGACCACAAGCUGCUGCUGACAGGAACUCCUCUACAGAACAACCUGGAGGAGCUGUUUCACCUGCUCAACUUCCUCACACCCAACCGCUUCAAUAACCUUGAGGGCUUCUUGGAAGAGUUUGCUGACAUCUCCAAGGAGGACCAGAUCAAGAAGCUCCACGACCUGCUGGGACCUCACAUGCUGCGGAGGCUGAAGGCCGACGUCUUCAAGAACAUGCCCGCCAAGACCGAGCUGAUUGUCCGAGUGGAGCUGAGCCCUAUGCAGAAGAAAUACUACAAGCUGAUUCUGACCAAGAACUUUGAGGCUCUGAACUCGAAGGGCGGCGGAAACCAGGUCUCCCUGCUCAACAUCAUGAUGGACCUAAAGAAAUGCUGCAACCAUCCCUACCUCUUCCCUGUCGCCUCCAUGGAAGCUCAAAAAACCCCCACUGGUGCUUAUGAAGGGUCGGCCCUCACUAAGGCCUCUGGGAAACUGAUGCUGUUGCAGAAGAUGCUGAGGAAACUGAAAGACCAGGGCCAUCGAGUACUGGUGUUCUCACAGAUGACUAAAAUGUUGGACCUGCUAGAAGAUUUCUUGGACCAUGAAGGUUACAAGUACGAAAGAAUCGACGGAGGCAUCACAGGAGCGCUGAGACAGGAGGCCAUUGAUCGCUUCAACGCUCCCGGUGCGUCUCAGUUUUGUUUCCUGCUCUCCACCCGAGCUGGAGGUUUAGGCAUCAACUUGGCCACGGCGGACACGGUCGUCAUCUUUGACUCUGACUGGAACCCUCACAACGACAUACAGGCGUUCAGUCGAGCCCACCGAAUCGGGCAGGCCAACAAGGUGAUGAUCUACCGCUUUGUGACGCGAGCCAGCGUGGAGGAGAGAAUCACGCAGGUGGCCAAGAGGAAGAUGAUGCUGACCCACCUGGUGGUCCGGCCAGGAUUGGGAUCCAAAGCUGGCUCCAUGAGCAAACAGGAACUGGACGACAUCCUCAAGUUUGGAACAGAGGAGCUUUUCAAGGAUGAGGGAGAAGGUAUGAAGAACAGUUCCAGGGAUAAAGUUGAGGAGGAGGGCAGCGUGAUCCACUACGACAGCACCGCCAUCGAGAGGCUGCUGGACCGAAGCCAAGACGCCACAGACGACUCGGACGUCCAGAACAUGAACGAGUACCUCAGCUCCUUUAAAGUGGCCCAGUACAUGGUCCGAGAGGAGGAUAAGAUUGAGGAGAUCGAGCGGGAGAUCAUCAAACAGGAGGAGAACGUGGAUCCGGACUAUUGGGAGAAACUCUUGCGGCAUCACUACGAGCAGCAACAAGAGGACCUGGCGAGCAAACUGGGUAAAGGCAAGAGGAACCGCAAGCCUGUCAACUACAACGAUGCUGCGCAGGAAGACCAAGAGUGGCAUGCUGACAUUUCAGAUAACCAGUCCGAGUAUUCAGUGGGCUCCGAGGAGGAGGACGAGGACUUUGAUGAUCGUCCAGAAGGUCGAAGGCAGUCGCGUCGCCAGUUGAGGAACGAGAAGGACAAACCUCUGCCUCCUCUUCUGGCCAGAGUGGGAGGCAACCUCGAGGUGCUCGGAUUCAACACACGCCAGCGAAAGGCUUUCCUGAACGCAGUGAUGCGCUGGGGGAUGCCGUCUCAGGACGCCUUCGCCUCUCAGUGGCUGGUCAGAGACCUCAGGGGCAAGACCGAGAAAGAAUUCAAGGCUUACGUGUCUCUCUUUAUGCGCCACCUGUGCGAGCCAGUGGCUGACGGGGCCGAGACGUUCGCAGAUGGCGUGCCGAGGGAGGGCUUGUGUCGGCAGCCGGUGCUCACCCGAAUCGGCGUCAUGUCUCUUGUCAAGAAGAAGAUCCAGGAGUUCGAGCACAUCAACGGGCGGUGGAGUCUUCCAGAGCUGAAGCCUGAGGUCAGCAUAGAUAAAACCUCCUCCAGGGCCUCCUCUCCUGCUGUGAAGACCGCCACACCCACGCCCGAUGCCAGCUAUAACAACACACCUUGCACCUCCAAGCCAGCGACCCCUGCUCCAGCAGACAAGCUGGAAAAGAACGGAAAAGAUGCAGAGAAGGAGGAAGACAAAGAGGAAGGCGAGGCCGCGUCGGACAAAGAGAAAGUAAAGGAGAAAGACAAGGAGGAGGGGAAGGAGGUGGACAGCAACAGGACUGCAGACCCCGAGGAGCUUUCCUCUUCGACUAAAGAGACGUCACAAAACGCGUCCCCGGGUCAGAAAACCGAAGGCAAAGACGAGAGCGACCUGACAGAGGAGGAGAAGAAGGAAACGUCCGAGACUCUGACAGAGGAGAGGAAAGAGGAAACGAAGCAGGACACGGAGGUCAAAGAGGAGAAAUCAGAAGGAGAAAAAUUGGCGGAGGAGAAGGAAAAAGACAAAGAGACAACGGAGGCGACAGACGCCAAGGAUAAGGCCGAGGCGGCUGACGUGAAGAAAGAGGAGGUCAAGGGUGAAAAGGAUGCUGGGAAAGACGUCAGAGCGGCGAAGGAGGAGGCACCCAAGGGUAACGGGAGGCCUCCCAUUGAGAGACCUCGCUUUAUGUUCAACAUCGCAGACGGCGGCUUCACCGAGCUCCACACUCUUUGGCAGAACGAGGAGCGGGCUGCCAUCUCCUCUGGGAAGAUGAACGAGAUCUGGCACCGCAGACACGACUUCUGGCUGCUGGCGGGAAUCGUGAUUCACGGCUACGCCCGGUGGCAGGACAUCCAGAACGAUCCCCAGUUCGCCAUCGUCAACGAGCCUUUCAAAUCGCAGGCGAACAAGGGCAACUUCCUGGAGAUGAAGAACAAGUUCCUGGCUCGACGAUUCAAGCUGUUGGAGCAGGCGCUGGUGAUCGAGGAACAGUUACGGCGGGCGGCCUACCUGAACAUGACCCAGGACCCGAGCCACCCGGCCAUGGCGCUCAACGCACGCUUCGCAGAGGUGGAGUGCCUCGCCGAGUCGCACCAACACCUCAGCAAGGAGUCACUGGCGGGCAACAAGCCGGCCAACGCCGUGCUGCAUAAAGUGCUGAACCAGCUGGAGGAGCUACUGAGCGACAUGAAGGCUGACGUGACCCGGCUACCGGCCACGCUGUCCAGAGUCCCGCCCAUCGCCGCCCGCCUGCAAAUGUCCGAGAGGAGCAUCCUCAGUCGACUGGCCAGCAAGGGCACCGAGACGCACACACCCCCGCCCAUACCUCCAGGACCCUACGCGACCCCUCAGAACUACGGCGCCCCCUUCACACCUGCACCCCCCAGCACCCUACACAUGGGAGGGGCCAACUACAGUCAGAUGCCGCCCGGAUCCUUCAUAUCAGUGCUGAACGGGCCUCCCAUGUCUGUAAAGAAGGAGCGGGAAGCAGAGCUGCUAGUCAACCGACGGGAGCAGCGCAGCGGAGAGGUCAUCUGUAUCGACGACUAGACCACACACACACACAGACACACACCACACACACCACACACACACACACACAAACCCAUCUGCUGCAAAGAUAUAUCUUCAAUUUCUCCCUUAAGAAGUUUUCUAAAACUUUACUCUGCUGACCGGUACUCCCCUCCGAAAAACUACAAUCACACACACACACACACACACACACACACACAGUCCAUAUUGUCUCAUAACUUCUUGUGACCUUUUCUUGUCUGCCUCAAACCAUUAUACUCCUCAUAAGCGGCCUCCUCAAACAGGCCUCCUCUUCCUCCUCCUCCUCCUCUUACUCCUCUUGGGAUGCUUCUAACCUCAUCUACACACACACACAUACACAAACACACACUUACACACACAACGCUCAACCCACCUCAAUCCUAGAGACCUUUUAGAUUUCUCAAUAGACCAUGUAACUUUCCUCCUCCUCCUCCACCACCUCCUUAUCCUCCUUCUCCUUUAAACUCUCGACAGGAAGCUGCAUGUGAAAAUCAUUUCUACCGCCGCACUCCAUCCCCUGAAGCAUGCUCUCUAAUCACAAUAAUGCUGUCUCGUGGAAAAGGAAAAAAAAGAAAAAAAAAAGAACAAAAAAUGGUGUCAAGCUGUGCCUACAGUCGUUUUAAUACUGUUUCUAAUUCUCCCGGAGAGGCUGAACCUCUUGAUUUCUCAGUCCGAGCAGCUCCCGAGCACAGCUCCAGCUUUUUUUUUUGUUUUUUUCCCCCCAAUGGUACACGUUCAGAUAGCCACGCGCAAGCAGCAAGGUAUGAUAACGGUGAUUAUAUUCAGGACUGUUUCCACCACGUUAAGUAUUUGCUGCCCAUCCCAUCCUGCUUCCCCGGUUCUACUUUAUGUACAGAGGUUUGAGGUAUUUUGGGGGGUUUGUUCCAGAAAAGGCCUACGCGAUGACGCCGAAACCUCCCAUGAAUGUUUUUAACCUUUCUUAAGCAAGUCAGUGUUAUUAAAACCUAUCGAACACUCCUCUCGAUGCCCUCUUCCUCCUCUCCUUCCUCUCUUUUUUUUUUGUUUUGUUUUUCCAAGUUUCUAUUUCCUUUCUACAAAAAAAUCCUGUGAUAUACUUUGCAUAUUUAAACCCGCUCAUCCGUGUUUCUCUUGUGUUUCCACUCUCUCGAUUAUGAGUGUUGUCGUUGUCGAUUGUCGCUGUCGCUCUCGCCGUCGCUAUUCGAGAAAGAGCUUCUACCAAAAGAGACAUUUUUUUGUAACUACGAAAAAGAGAAAAACAA